UUCGCCUAAUUUGACGGUAUUAAAAAUUGAAUACAGAAACAUUUAAUCUCUCCGCGCGUAUUUGUUUUGGGGAUCAACAUUGAUCGUUAAUUGGAGAAUUCGUCGUUCCGGUCGUGACUCCUGAGUUUAAUAGAGUCAUUUGUUUUCUUGUUACCAGCAGAAUUGGGGGAAGAGUCUAUCUAGGGUUGCAGCGGCGACGAAUCCAACUGUUUCCGUUGAGCCGACUAGCGAGCAGCAAAGAUGGGAGAACGGAAGGUUCUCAACAAGUACUACCCCCCGGACUUCGAUCCGGCCAAGAUUCCUCGGCGCCGCCAGCCGAAGAAUCAGCAGAUGAAGGUGCGUAUGAUGCUUCCGAUGAGCAUCCGUUGCGGCACCUGCGGGAAUUACAUUUACAAGGGUACCAAAUUCAAUUCCCGCAAAGAAGACGUCGUCGGAGAUACCUACCUGCGGAUCCAAAUUUUCAGGUUUUAUUUCAAGUGCACUAAAUUCUCGGCUGAAACAACCUUCAAGACUGAUCCUCAGAACUCGGAUUACAUUGUUGAAUCCGGAGCGUCGAGGAACUUCGAGCCUUGGCGCGCCGAGGAUGAAGAAACAGAGGAAGAAAAGAAGAAGAGGAAUGCUGAAGAGAUUGGAGAUGCCAUGAAGUCUUUGGAGAAUCGAACAUUAGACUCAAAGAGAGAGAUGCAUAUCCUUGCUGCUUUGGAUGAAAUGAAAUCGAUGAAUUGACCUCGGGCUGGUGAUCGCCGGCGCCGUAGUCCGAGAUGGUGGUGGUUUCCUGAUACGAUCCCAACAGAACCCCAAGCAAUGCUGGAGCCGGCAGUAGAGCCCCAAGCAAUGCUGGAGCCGGCAGUAGAGCCCCAAGCAAUGCGGGAGGUGGAACAGAGCAGGGAGAGUGCGGAGGACAGGCGGACAGAGGACAGGCGGACAAAAGGAGUUCGUGCGGAAGCGUCCAUUGCGAAGUCGAGGCCGACGAGGAACGCGAAGCCUCCGAGCAGAUUCGGCGACUUCGUCGCCAAGUAGUGAUUUCCAUAAUUAGCUUUAUUUUAUUUUAAGUAGGAGUCGAACUUUAGUAUUUUAUUUUGGGGAUAUUUUAUUAAUUAUUUUACAAUUGAGUCGAGCGUAAAUUAUAAGCUCCGUCGGGUUUUCUUGUGGGUUCUUUCCCGAUGAUAGGAUUAGGUCGAACCAAACCUAAGGUCCAUAGAAUAUAAAUAGGGCUAUUUUGUUCGUAACCUACCAUGAAGGAAAAUAUUA